CAGACCGCCGUCAGCGCCGUCUGUGUCCGUGCAGCGCUUCCUGGGGGCCUCUACAUGCCGCAGGUCCACCGUUCACACAUCCACAGGUUCCUCGUGAUCCUGCUCCCCCACCCCCAGACCUUUGGCCUGCACCCCGGGAGGCUGCCUCUAGACGGGGCUGCCUCGGUCAUCGUGUCCCCUCCUCCGGGGUCUCCAUGCUUCCCUUGACUUCCCACGGGGUCCCUUCCUACACCUGCCCUGCCUCCUCCCAGCCACAUCCUUAGCUGUCUCCGGGUACCAGCGUCCAGUGAGCACUUCGGGGGCCAGACUGGGGCACAGUAGGCUGAGCAGGACUCUGAGGAAAGAAGGGGUCUCCCUCUGUCCUGCCCUUCUUCCCCUGGCUCUCUCCCCUCGCCAGGCACUGCUCUGUGCCCGGGGACCACCAGCCCCUUGCCCCAGCAUGGCUGAGGGCUUGAGGAGGCCUCCCGUGUUCAAACCUCACAGCUGCUUGUUGCUCCUUUCGGGUGUGGCCGGGCAGCCAGGGCAUUACUGCGUCUGCCCGUGGGGGCCAGCCCUGUGCGUUGUUGAGCUGACUGCUGGUCGCAUUGGCACGGGACACCCAGUGUCCCCUCAAAUCCCGCCCCAGGUGUUCUUGGGCAGCUGGGGCUUCCUCACGGUGUGUCUGUGUCCCUAGGGCAGACUCCUCUCCUGUGGCUGACAGAUGCCUCCCAGCCUGUUGGGCAGGCAUCACCACAUGGAUGGGUUACAUGUCAUUGCCAGGCUACCCAGAACAACCUCGGGAGCCUUCCUGGUGGCGCCAGUGGUGUGACAUUGGGAAGGAAGUGUGUCAGGCCAAGCAUGUGGGCAGAGGGACAUGGUAUGGGGACUCCUGCAGAGGUGGGACAGGUCAUCCCAGGACACUCCACAGGUGCCAGGAGUAGUGGAGGGUGCACGGUGAGGCUGGCGGGCAGGCACCCACUGGGGUGAGGAGACACCGGGAAGACGUGCUCCAUAGGGCCCGGGCCCCUCCCAAAUGGAUGACCAGCCUCGGAGCGCAGCCGCUGGACCCGGAGCAACGUGCAGGGUUCCGUCGGGGGCUCUCUGCCUGUGCCUGUGCCUGUGGCCAUACUCUUCCCGAGGUCCCGGCAGGCCCUGUGGCAAGCCGAAGCCUGUGUCCGCCUUCUGGUCCCUUCAGUGCAGCUCCGUGCCAGGGUCUCAGACUUUCACUGUAGCUGUGGGCGUCCCAGCGAGCAGUAGGGGGGAGAGCCAGACAGGAGGAACCCAGCCGUGUGGUCCCUGGGCAGACCCCUGGGCCUUGGCUAGACAGAGCCGGCUCCAGAGCCCAGUGCCCGUGGGGUGGGGAGCACAGGGUCCCGUUUUCUCCACCGAUGUGGCCAUAGGGACAGAGGACAGGUACCAGCACGGUGUCGCAUGUAGCAGCCUGUUUUACCUCGAAGGCCACGAGGUGUUUUCUAAAAUCUUGCGCCUGCUGCUGUUGGCGGCAGAGGAGUGGGGCUGGGUCAGGGCCACUUGUUGGCCAGAGGGGCCAAGUGUCUUGGCAGUGGACAGGACACAACUUGGGGCGGGAGGGACCUGUCGUGGCUGGGCUUGUGGGCCCCUCCUGCACAGGCCCUGCCGGCACGGAGGCCCUGCAGGUCCCCAGACGAGCCCCAGACACGCUUGUGCCUUCGUGCUGCGCCCUUUGGGUCAGAGCCCAUUGUCUGCUGUCUGCUCGUGGGACUGAGGGGAAGAGGACUCGGUCCAGGGGUCCCAGGCCAGCCCUGGGUGGCAAGGACAGUGAAACCAGGGGGAACCGGCUUGGAGAGGUGGAGCUUGGCGGGCCUGCUCUGCAUCUGCCUGUUUGUUGCAGGAGAACAGGUUCAGACAGCAGCAGGUGAGAAGGGCGAGGAGGCCGAGGCCUUCUGACCACGUGGGUCACAGCCCACAUCCUCCCGGGGCUGCCUGCCUGGCCCUCCGCGACUCGGCCCACAGGGGCUCCCAGGCUCCCCUAGAAAUGGACUUGCCAGCAUGAGGGCGCCACACCCUUCCUAAGGCAGUGUCCGCCAGCGGGCCUGUGUGUGACCCCAACGACUUCCUGCACCACACCGGUUCCUGCUGCUCCUCCCAUGUCUGCUUCUGAUGCGUGGUCCUCGAGUCACUUGGUGACAUGGCUCCUAAAUGGCAGGGCAGGGAGGUGCUCAGACAACUGGCUCUUGCCCCAUCCCUACAUGUGUGAUCAUAGGGCCCUCUAGACCCGGGGAUCGAGGCCCGGCGUCUGUGGUCGUAGCCGGGAAGUCUAAAGCAAAGCCCAAUGGAAAGAAACCUGCCGCGGAGGAGAAGAAGAUGUACCUGGAGCCGGAGUACGCCAAGUCCAGAAUCACUGACGUUGGGUUCAAGGAGCUGGUGGUGCUGCCCCGGGAGAUCGACCUCAACGAGUGGCUGGCCAGCAACACCACCACGUUUUUCCACCACGUCAACCUGCAGUACAGCACCAUCUCUGAGUUUUGCACAGGAGAGGCAUGCCAGACGAUGGCCGUGUGCAACACACAGUACUACUGGUACGAUGAGCGGGGGAAGAAGGUCAAGUGCACCGCUCCCCAGUACGUCGACUUUGUCAUGAGCUCUGUGCAGAAGCUGGUGACUGAUGAGGACGUGUUCCCCACGAAAUACGGCAGGGAAUUCCCCAGCUCCUUCGAGUCUCUGGUGAAGAAGAUCUGCAAGUACCUGUUCCACGUGCUGGCGCACAUCUACUGGUCCCACUUCAAGGAGACCCUGGCCCUUGAGCUGCACGGACACUUGAACACACUCUACGUCCACUUCAUCCUCUUUGCCAGGGAGUUCAACCUGCUCGACCCCAAAGACACCGCCGUCAUGGACGACCUCACUGAGGUGCUGUGCAGCGGCGGCGGCAGCGGCGGGGGCCGCGGCGGCGGCGGGGCCGCGGCGGGGCGGGCCGGCGGCGGGGGCGGGGCCAGCGGCGGGGGCGCGGGGGCACAGAACCACGUGAAGGAGAGGUGAGCCCCCGGCCGGACAGGCGUGCACGUGUGCAGAGAGACGGUGGUCCGUGUGCCUGCGUGUGCGCGCACACGUCCCGGGCGCGCUCGGCGGGAGGUCUGAGAGGCUGACGCCGGGCCCCCCCCCCCCUGCCCGGCCCCGGGCGCGCCGAGCGCGGGCUCCCCGGACGCCGGCAGGCCGCGCGUCGGACUGGCCCCCGCCGGGGCUGUCCUGUUGGAUGGAUGAGUGCCGCUUGUCAAGAAGGACCCUCGGAUUUCAUUCGUUCGCUCGACAGCGUUUAUGGGACUGCCGGUCUGAGUUUCCUUCUCCUGUGGGGCUUUCCUUUCCUUGGUCUUCCGUGUGGCGCCUGCCCCCGCCUCCCCUGAGGGCUCUGCUGUUUUGAGAGAAACACACCAGUGAGAGCCGGGGCUCCUUCCCAGGAGGGACUCUGGCUCGCUUUGGUUUGGCAUCAGGGUGGGGUUAUUCUAGAGAUUCCGCCCCAUCCCCCCCCCAGACCUCCCUCUUCCUGGCCUUGCUUGGAUCUUGGCUGUUGGCGGCUCAGAGCAGGUGGGGGAGGGUGGGCGUGGCCGGGGGUGCCCCGCAGGGGCCCUGACCCUGUGGCCAUGUCCCCCUCUCGCCUGCCCCUGCUGCCCACGAGGGCCCCUGGACUAGCUGGGCCUAGGACCGAGGUGCCUGGGCGGACGGACUGCCUGUGUGGAGAAGCAGCUGUUGGCGGAAGGCUGGGUGUCCCUGCUCCGCUCACCUGUUCGGUCGGCCGUAAUAAAAAGAAUUCUCUCA